CCGUCCCUAUCGCCCUGAACUUCUCGCUGACGUUUUGGUCACGUGAUGUUUUCGCUGGGUCGUAGUGAUGUGUAGCCACCAUGAGUGAAGGGGAGAAAUAAAGCGCGAUCAUGGCAGCGCGUGAUUUCGGUGCGUCUGCUGAGGUUCCGUGUUUCGUGCUGAAGAUACACCGGAACACCGCGUCCGACGGCGGCGAGGAUUAUUACCUGAACGAGUGAACCUCAUCUUGGAGCUAUAAUUCUCUCUCUCUCUCCCCCUCUCUCUCUCUCCCCCUCUCUCUCCAUCUCUCUCCCCUCCCCUUCACUCCCUCCACAAAAAAUGGGCCGCGCGUCAGUGUAACUGAGGUAAAGUGACCUUUAAUUUCAUCGUCCCAUGGAACAUCUCCACGAUAACGGCGUUAUGUUGACGCUGGAGGCGCAGCCGCGUCGUGUUGUUGCAAAAACGGCGGCGGUCGCGACCAACGGAGAGCCUUCAUCAUCAUCAUCAUCAUCAUCAUCAUCCUCCUCCUCCUCCUGCUGCUGCUGCUCAAUCAAUAACGGUGGCUCGCGCUUGCCCGUGCACUCGACGGCCUCUGCUCAUCAGCACCACGUUGCCCCUCCGAGGAGACACCCACCCCCUUACCACUUCAGAGUUCAUCAUCUGUUCCCGGAGGAGAAUGCUCAGGAUCCUGUGGUGAGGAAACACCUCCCCGCGCUCCAGUACAAGGUCCACGACUCUGCCUUCUGCCGCGUCCUCAGCACGGACACCACGGCUGCUGCUCUGGCCGCCGCCGCCGCUGUGUGCUCGGGCAGCGUGGACGCCGAUGUGUGGAAGUGUGGAUAUCUGAGAAAACAGAAACACGGCCACAAGAGGUUCUUUGUGUUGAGAGGGCCCAGUAACCUCGGGCCCAGUCGCCUGGAGUACUAUGACAGUGAGAAAAAAUUCCGAAAUGCACUUAAAGUUGCUGCCUCCACUGCCGGUGUUUCGUGUCCUCCUAAGAGGGUUAUUUACCUGUCCCAGUGUUUCACGGUCAACAAGAGGGCUGACGCCAAGAACAAAUACCUCAUUGCUCUUUAUACAAAAGAUGAGUAUUUUGCGGUGGUGGCUGACAGCGAGCAGGAGCAGGAGGACUGGUACCUGGCCCUCACCGAACUGAUGACCGAAGGCAAAAAGGGCCAGCUGGACACGGACGAGUUAGAUGAUGGCUAUGGGACCAUUUCACCUGGGACUAUUUUUAAGGAGGUGUGGCAGGUGAAUGUGAAACCUAAAGGUUUGGGGCAGACCAAGAAUUUAAUGGGGGUGUACCGUCUGUGCCUUUCCGCAAAGACAAUUCACCUGGUGAAGUUAAAUUCCGAGACUCCUGCUGUGAACCUGCCCUUGAUGAACAUUCGCCGCUGCGGCCAUUCGGAGAGUUUUUUCUUCAUCGAGGUGGGACGCUCUUCUUCUAUCGGUCCAGGUGAGAUCUGGGUGCAAGUGGAAGACUCUGUGGUGGCUCAGAACAUGCACGAGACCAUUCUGGACACCAUGAAGGCUUUGAAGGCCUUUCCGGACUUCAGACCACGGAGCAAAAGCCAGUCCUCCGGGUCCAACCCCAUACCCUUUAUCACGACACGCCGCCACUUCGGCAAUCUCCCUCCCAGCCACACAGGGCUCCAGCGUGCCUCCAGGACUGAUUCGGUGAUGGGCAUACCUCCUACUGGAAAGAGUAAAGGAGUAACAGGACAGCGCUACCGUACCUCCAGCGAAGGCGAGGGCACUUCUGACCGACCUCUCAGCUCAGGCACGGGCAGCUUGUUGCACCUGAACACGCCCUGCCUGAAUGUGGGCCGGGAGGAGAGCGGUGGCUGCUGCGCCCAUGCCUCACCUGGUUCUGCCCAUCAUACUCGCUCUGCCUCCCUCCCGGUAUCGCACUUUCUGUCUGCUACCAGUCCCAUCAGCGUUUCCAGCAGCAGUGGCCAUGGUUCAGCCUCGGACACGCACACACGACCCUCCAGCUCCUCCAUCUGCGGCUCCCCCAGUGAUGGAGGCUUCAACUCCUCUGACGAGUUCUGUCCCAGCCCUUGUGACUUUAGAUAUUUCCGUGCAAGCAGCAGUACACCUGAGCCACACAGCGACACUCCACCCAUUAGGGAGGAGAAUCGAUUAGCGGAUUACAUGGCCAUGGAUUGGUACAAAGACGCACAGGUCGCUGCCAGGACUUUUGAGGAGGAGAGCAGUUAUAUGGAAAGAACUUUUCUCAAGCUCACACAUUACGCCAAGCCAAAACCUGCUAACAGUUUAGGUGUCAUGCACCAGAAAGCGACGCAGACUUCAUCUUCAUUAGAUGAAUCGAGCCCCGUGGAGUCAAAACGGCACGCCGUCUGCUCCUGCCUCCUCAAAGCAGGCUAUAAAUCUUACUCGGAGUUACAUCACCCAAACAGGCCUCCCUCACUCAACUCAGACGGUCAGAAGAAGCUGCCUAAGGAUGAUGGCUACAUGCCCAUGAUCUAUAACAUCGUCCCCUCUCCUCAUACAGAUUACACCCCUAUGCAACCCAGAGCAAACCACAUGGCCACCCUGCACCUUCAUCCCUGCUCUUUACAGCAGGUGGACAGACAUGGCUACAUGAUGAUGCUGCCACAAGACAGCCCUUCUCCCGGAAUAACCAGUCCCUCCUCCAGAAGCCAAACUGAGUAUGAUGAUUACAUGGACAUGUCCCAGAUCGGCUCAGCUGAAGGCUACAGGCAGGCUUCCCCUGAAGGCCCCAAGUCUUACGGCUCUUAUUUCUCCCUUCCUCGCUCUUACAAAACUCCGUGUCGAGACGAUCGCAGAAAAACGGAAUAUGUUCCCGAGUCACCAGUUGAACCUCCGAGUCCUCCCAGUCCAGGAGAUUACAUCCACAUGGAGUUUGGAGACAGGCCUCGUCAUGCAGCGUCCUCCCCGUCAGCAGUGGACUCCCCCUCCCAGCCUUGCUAUCAGCUGUGCUGCUCCUCACCUGACCACGAUUACAUAGGCCUAAACAUGGACAACCUCCUGAAGAACCGUCCUCCUCGGCACUCCCUCGUAGCCCCAUGGAACCCUCCGAACUACGCACGCCCCUUAGGAUGCACCUACAGUCAGGUUCAGAAUAACUUUGUCCCUAAGAGCGUCCACAGAGAAGCUGAGAGUCCCUCUAGGAUGAUACAACACCUCUGUGUUUCUGAAAGGUGCCCCAGUCCUCAAACCGAGCCUAAGGUCAUUAGGGCAGAUCCUCAGGGCCGGAGGAGACACAGCUCUGAGACCUUCUACCCCUGUCCUGGUGGCACUGCGGGUGGAUGCGCCGCCAGAGCCUCUGCCAUCGUGAAUCUUGUAGAAGGCUGUCGAUGGCAGAAUUCUGCCUCGUUUGAUAGCAUGUGGUCUUACACAGAAGAUCAAGGAUCUCCUGACUCUGUUCUCCUCACUGCUAACUGUGCCACUGGAGGAACGCGCUGCAAUGUUUCAUCCAGCUACCUCAACUACAUUGCUCUGGACCUGAGGGAAGUCCAAAGGAUCACCCACGAUGCCACACCUCCACACCCAGCCCACGGGACACUCGAAGAGAGCGAGGCCUGUGCUGGUUUGGACUUAUCCAAGUCAGGAGGACACACCACUGCCUCGAAAGAGUGAGCACGCCGUACGCUGGGAGGAAAUCAGAACUUUGGAAAUCCAGUGGACUCCAGAAUGCAGAAGAGGAAGCUGCCUCGUCCUCCUCGUCCUCCUCGUCUUCAUCAGACCUCCAACUGCAAAGACUGAAUAAACUACACAGCCUCUUUUGCUCUGUAUCUCCUACAUAACUGCCUCAGAUCGGUUCCAUUUUUAUUGUUCAGUUAAAACACGUGUUAUUGUUUACGUGAGUGACUGCGCUGAUCCUGAGUCCGAAAUCAGAGCUGUGAUCUUCAUCCAGACUUCGAGCACUAAUCUCCAUAACCACCUUCUUCACUUCCUCACACAACCUGCUGAAUCACUGUAAAUACGAGGUGCUUGUGUAUCAAAUGAGAUUUUGUAAAAUGUGCCAACUACGUAGUAGUCCCCUACACACACACUCUCUCUCUCACACACACACUCUCACACACACACCUUUGUUUAUUUAGAUUGAUUUGUAUUUCUCUGUAGUUUUUUCUGAGAUCCUGCACAUCAGUUGUAAAAGGAUUCACAUUGACCACACACACACACACACACACACUUCAGACGUACACUAGUUGAUGUUUUUGCCUCUGCUUAGGACUUGGAUACGCUAGCGAAAGUUUCCACGAUGCAACAUUUCCGAUAAAUCCUGUUUCCAGAGUUCGAGCGUUCAGACUUCCACUGAUUCCUUCAGCUUUCACUAAAACACUUAAAUACUUCCACAGUUGCUGCAGAAGCAUCUCCUGGAUCUCCUGGAUCUCCUGGAGCAGUAGAUUGGAAUGAUAUUUGGAGAUCUCUAACAGAGGAGUGUAUUAUAGCGUAUCCGAGCCCUAAGAAGAUUUAGUAUAAAUACUCCCUUUCUUCCCCCAGAGUGUGGGAGGACGGAGUGAAUUCAGAUCCUCAACAGUGUGAAAAUCUCACUUAACACAAACCACGAACUCACAGACAGCACUUUGUAGGUAUUAGAUAAAUAAAAAUGAAUAAGACGGUGUUUCUAAGUCAUGUAGUCGCUACCUCCAGUACAUAUCAGAAAUCUAUUCAAUAAAUCUGUCUCACAGUAACAACAGACCUGCAACUGGACAGCCUGGAAUCCCUUUAGAUGUAAUGUGUGAACUUACACACACACACACACACACACGCACACACAAAUAAUUUCUUUCUGUAUUUGAGUCUUCAGUAUGGAAGGACGCUAAGUCAACAUCUUUUCAUUCUGUUGUACUUCAUAUUUAUUUCAUAUUUGUAUUUAUUUUACGUGUAAAUGCUGCAGAUGAGUUGAAGUUUUAUACUGAUUUGAGUUUCAGCCCUGAAAAUGAGAGAAAGAUGUUUACUGAGUUGUUCCUCUGAUCCACACAAGUGCGUCUACAUGCUACACACUGUAGCCUACUGUUCUGUACUUUAUUUAUUUGUUUGUUUGUUUGUUUAUUGAUUGAAUCAGAUACAGUGGCGUUCGCUGAACACGGGACCAUUUGUACAGAGCGUUGCUGGUGAUUUCAGUUACGUUAAUGAAUUACAGAAAUGGAGACGUUCGUGUAAAUAACGGAGUUAUUUAAGACCAUGUGUUUUUUCUCAUAUAUUUUUGUCUUUAUUUAUUUAUUUAUUUAUUUAUUUAUUUAUUUAUUUAUUAUUUUUUGAAUUGUUAUUCACAGUCCCUUCCUUGCCUGUACCUGAAAGCUUUAUAAGAAGAAUUGUUGGCUAGGGUGGAAAGCUGUGUAGUGAGAAGUGUGUAGCUUUGCAGUAGUAGUCCAGAUGAUGUUGGGACAAAAAAACACGCUGUAUGUCAGUGAGCUUUCCAUUUCUUUCUUCUUUCUUUCACUAGCGUUUGUGUCAUGCUAUUGUGUCAUGAUAUUGCGUUGCUUUUAAUGUAUGUGAUAUGUGACGUGGGAUUGAGGGGGGGUGAAAAAAUAAGAGUAGUAUACCGUUUUUUGGGAACUUUUCUACACAAUAACUGCAGUGAUGAGCUGAAAAAUAACCACGCUCGUGUUUUUAUUUUGUACUUUGAGAUCUUUUGAGGAUCUAGAAUUGGGGAAACUGAUAUUGUAAUCAUUGGAAUCAUGUUAUUGGCCUUUUUUAUUUACCUUGUUGUUUUAGUUGUUAAGGAAGAGAGCAGCAAGAAGAAGAAAAAAGACCUGAAAUGUGCAGAGUGUGUGUUGACAGUUUGCAUUUCUUUUCUCUUGAGGAUCCCAGUCAAUGCUCACAAUCUACUGCUGAAACGGUCUGUGAUUGGGCCGAACCGUGCCGGUAGGAUCGGAUCGUUCGAAACACUGUCUUCCUUUGUAAAUAUUGUAAUUUUUUGAUAUCCCUUUCUCUUGUUGAUCAUGCUACGCAGCACCCACUUUCCUUGAUUUCAGAACGAGGGUGUCUGAGGAUUUUUUUGUCGGUUCUACAUUUUUAUAUUUUAUUUUUGGUGUAUAUUUAACAAAUUGGGUUUUGCUUGUCAUAGAGCUAUUGCAAUAAAAAAAGUGCCAAGGUA